AUGAGUCAUGAGGACCUAAGGUCUCCACAUGUCUUUUCUUUGCUUUCCCAGUUUGACCUCGUCUGUGUCAACGCGUGGCUGCUGGAUUUCACCCAAGCCAUCCUGAACCUCGGCUUCCUGGCGGGGGCCUUCACCUUAGGCUAUGCAGCAGACAGGUAUGGCAGGAUCAUCGUUUACUUAAUAUCCUGUCUUGGCGUUGGCAUCACGGGCAUUGUGGUGGCCUUUGCACCAAAUUUCCCUGUGUUUGUGAUCUUCCGCUUCCUGCAAGGUGUGUUUGGAAAGGGGACAUGGAUGACUUGCUACGUGAUUGUGACAGAAAUAGUAGGUUCAAAACAAAGGAGGAUUGUGGGAAUAGUGAUUCAAAUGUUCUUCACCCUUGGAAUCAUAAUUCUCCCUGGAAUUGCCUACUUUAUCCCCAAUUGGCAAGGGAUCCAGCUAGCCAUAACGCUGCCCAACUUUCUCUUCCUCCUUUAUUACUGGGUGGUUCCUGAAUCUCCCCGUUGGCUGAUUACGCGGAAGAAAGGAGAUAAAGCGUUAAAAAUUCUGAGAAGCAUUGCUAAGUGCAAUGGGAAAUACCUCUCACCAAAUUACUCAGAGAUCACUGUUACAGAUGAGGAAGUUAGUAAUCCAUCCAUUUUAGAUCUGGUGAGAACUCCCCAAAUGAGGAAGUGCACACUUAUACUCAUGUUUGCUUGGUUCACAAGUGCAGUGGUCUACCAAGGGCUCGUCAUGCGCCUGGGAAUUAUAGGAGGCAACCUCUACAUAGACUUUUUCAUCUCAGGAGUCGUGGAACUGCCAGGAGCUCUCUUGAUCUUACUAACCAUCGAGCGUGUUGGACGGCGCCUCCCCUUUGCAGCAAGCAAUAUAGUGGCUGGGGUGGCGUGCCUUGUCACUGCAUUCUUACCAGAAGGGAUACCAUGGUUGAGGACCACAGUUGCUACCCUGGGAAGACUAGGGAUAACCAUGGCCUUUGAAAUUGUGUAUUUGGUAAAUUCAGAAUUGUACCCAACAACAUUACGAAACUUUGGAGUUUCACUGUGUUCAGGUUUGUGUGAUUUGGGGGGAAUCAUAGCCCCCUUUCUGCUUUUCCGGCUGGCAGCCGUGUGGCUGGAACUACCUCUGAUAAUCUUUGGUGUCCUGGCUUCUCUCUGUGGUGGCCUCGUGAUGCUCCUGCCUGAAACCAAGGGUAUUGCUUUGCCAGAAACCGUGGAUGAUGUAGAGAAGCUGGGCAGAGCAUAUUCCUAUAAAUGUGGCAGGAAAAAGAAAACCCAGGUUUCCAACUCUCACCUGUGAGGCCCCUGCCAAAGAUGGAAGGAGGCUGCUCAGGGCAGUCCUCCCUGCAAAGCUGUGCCUGAUGCAGGCGUGCGUGUCCCCUGCAGCCACGUGAGGCCAUGCUGCUCCGACUGUGUUUAAUACGGUAUAAAGACAUUCAAGCCACCCAGAGUAUUUUUACAUAGUGUUGAUGAGUUAGGAUUGAUAAUGCUGCUGACGUUUCUGGGAACACAGAAGACGUGGCUGGUUUGACACAGAGCCUGGUGGGCACAGUCCUUUCUGGAGCCUUUCUUGUGGUGGAGCAGUGGCCUCUGACCCAUUCUGUUAAAGAAAGAUGAGAGAACAACUUCCCCCCUCACCCCGAAUUCUCAUGAAAAUUCCAUCAAGAAUGCAGGAUAUACAAACCAAGGAUUUGGGAUAAAUGUACAGAAAUCUGCUCAUCGAGCCAGGAGUGCUGGCAGGCACCUGUAGUCCCAGCUACUUGGGAGGCUGAGGCUGGAGGAUCGCUUGAGCCCAAGAGUUUGGGGCUACAGUGAGCUGUGAUUGUGCCAUUAUGAUCGUUCCAGCCUGGACUAUAGAAGGGGACCCUGACUCUAAAUUAAUUAACUCAUUAAUUAUUUUUUAAAAAGCGUUCCUCAAAUCUGAACAAAUGACUGAGCAUUCUGAAGAUUCUAAGGAGGAUGAAGAUUUGGAAAUCUGGUUAACAGAGACUGAACUUCAGGAGCAUGGGCCCCAGGCAUGCUGGGCCUGUGUGUUUUCUGCCUGCCUGGAGUCCCACUAGCCUGCAGAACUGACAGCUCAAUCAUCCUUCUCAACCAUUUCCUCUGUAGCAUCUGGGGUUCCAGGCAUGGUUUAGACUUCAGUCCCUCAGUAAGAACAAAUCUGCUGUGCAAUUUGAGGAUUUGGUUCUGUUAUUUAUAAAAUUGGGUUUUGAUCCUGAGAUUACCACAUAUCGGGAUAUUUUUGGUACUCCCCUUAGUAGGCACCUUAGAGACACAAGAAUCCAUUCUUUACUGAGCAAACCUGUGGAUCACGACUUCAUAGGUCUUAGGGUUUUACAAGUAAAGGCAUAAUUAUCUCACGUUCUGAAUUCAGUUCUGAUGGCCCCUGUGGUCAAGAGUGAACAUGUGAACAGUUCUCAUUCAAUCUUAGCACUUCUGUCUCUGCAAAAAGCUUACAUUUUAAUUUAAA